GAUGCUGCGGCCUGACAUAUCACCAACGUUUCCUUCUGUCCCUGUGGCUUCCCCCUGCUCACCAGAGGCUCGGUCCCAGGGUCCCCGCUACAAUUUCGGACUCCAGGAGACUCCUUUGAGCCGCCCUUCAGCCCAAGCCGCCUCUGCGUCUUCCCCACCAGGCACGUCUGGAGCGGCGGGUGACAGGAGCGGCAGCAGCAGUCUACCUGGGCACCCGCUCAGCGCCCUGCCGCCUCAAGGUUCAUACUUUAGAAACAGAAGAUCUUUUGCAGAAAACACACAUGCAUCAAAUGUUAUGCUUGGUAUAAGCUCAUCCUCUGCACAAGAUGGUAAUUAUCCUCAAAUACUAAAAUCACCAUUAUGUGCUGGAAAUCCCCAGAGAUCAGGUUAUAAAAGUUGGACACCACAAGUGGGAUAUUCAGCUACAUCCUCAUCUGCAGUUUCUGCACACUCUCCUUCAGUUAUUGUAGCUGUUGUUGAAGGAAGAGGACUUGCCAGAGGUGAAAUAGGAAUGGCAAGUAUUGAUUUAAAAAGCCCACAAAUUGUAUUAUCUCAGUUUGCGGACAGUACAACAUAUGCAAAGGUGAUCACUAAACUUAAAAUUUUAUCACCAUUGGAAAUAAUAAUGUCAAAUACUGCUUGUGUUGUGGGGAAUUCAACCAAGUUGUUUACUCUUAUCACAGAAAAUUUCAAGAACAUUAAUUUCACUACUAUCCAAAGGAAAUACUUCAAUGAAACAAAAGGGCUAGAAUACAUUGAACAGUUAUGCAUAGCAGAAUUCAACACUGUCCUAAUGGAGGUUCAGUCCAAAUAUUACUGCCUUGCAGCUGUUGCAGCUUUAUUAAAAUAUGUUGAAUUUAUUCAAAAUUCAGUUUAUGCACCAAAAUCGCUAAAGAUUUGUUUCCAGGGUAGUGAACAGACAGCCAUGAUAGAUUCAUCAUCAGCCCAAAACCUUGAAUUACUAAUUAAUAAUAAAGACUCUAGGAAUAAUCACACACUCUUUGGUGUUCUAAAUUAUACUAAGACUCCUGGAGGAAGUAGAAGACUUCGUUCUAAUAUAUUAGAACCUCUAGUUGAUGUUGAAACCAUUAACAUGAGAUUAGAUUGUGUUCAGGAACUGCUUCAAGAUGAGGAACUCUUUUUUGGACUUCAGUCAGUUAUAGCAAGAUUUCUUGAUACAGAGCAACUUCUUUCUGUUUUAGUUCAAAUUCCAAAGCAAGACACAGUUAAUGCAGCUGAAUCAAAGAUAACAAAUUUAAUAUACCUAAAACAUACCUUGGAACUUGUGGAUCCUUUAAAGAUUACUCUGAAGAACUGUAACACACCUUUAUUAAGAGCUUAUUAUGGUUCCUUGGAAGAUAAGAGGUUUGGAAUCAUACUUGAAAAGAUUAAAACAGUAAUUAAUGAUGAUGCAAGAUACAUGAAGGGAUGCCUGAACAUGAGGACUCAGAAGUGCUAUGCAGUAAGGUCUAACAUAAAUGAAUUUCUUGACAUAGCCAGAAGAACAUAUACGGAGAUUGUGGAUGACAUAGCAGGAAUGAUAACACAGCUUGCAGAAAAAUAUAGUCUUCCUUUAAGGACAAGUUUUAGCUCUGCUCGAGGAUUUUUCAUUCAGAUGACUACAGAUUGUACAGUCCUACCCAAUGAUCAACUUCCUUCAGAGUUUAUUAAGAUUUCCAAAGUGAAAAAUUCUUAUAGCUUUACAUCUGCAGAUUUAAUUAAAAUGAAUGAAAGAUGCCAAGAGUCUUUGAGAGAAAUCUAUCACAUGACUUAUAUGAUUGUGUGCAAACUGCUUAGUGAGAUUUAUGAGCAUAUUCAUUGCCUAUAUAAACUGUCUGACACUGUGUCAAUGCUGGAUAUGCUACUGUCAUUUGCUCAUGCCUGUACUCUUUCUGAUUAUGUUCGGCCAGAGUUUACUGAUACUUUAGCAAUCAAACAGGGAUGGCAUCCCAUUCUUGAAAGAAUAUCUGUGGAAAAACCUGUUGCUAACAAUACCUAUAUUACAGAAGGGAGUAAUUUUUUUAUCAUAACUGGACCAAAUAUGAGUGGGAAAUCCACAUAUUUGAAACAGAUUGCUCUUUGUCAGAUUAUGGCCCAAAUUGGAUCAUAUGUUCCAGCAGAAUAUUCUUCCUUUAGAAUUGCUGAACAGAUUUUUACAAGAAUAAGUACUGAUGAUGAUAUCGAAACAAAUUCAUCAACAUUUAUGAAGGAAAUGAAAGAGAUAGCAUAUAUUCUACAUAAUGCUAAUGACAAGUCACUCAUAUUAAUUGAUGAACUUGGCAGAGGUACUAAUACAGAAGAAGGUAUUGGCAUUUGUUAUGCUGUUUGUGAACAUCUGCUGAGCUUAAAGGCAUUUACACUGUUUGCUACACAUUUCCUGGAACUGUGCCAGAUAGAUGUUCUGUAUCCUAAUGUAGAAAACAUGCAUUUUGAAGUUCAACAUGUAAAGAACACUUCAAGAAAUAAGGAAGCAAUCUUGUAUACCUACAAACUUUCUAAGGGACUCACAGAAGAAAAAAAUUAUGGAUUAAAAGCUGCAGAGGUGUCAUCACUUCCACCAUCAAUUGUCUUGGAUGCCAAAGACAUCACAACUCGAAUUACCGGACAGAUUUUGCAAAACCAAAGGAGUACCCCUGAGAUGGAAAGACAGAGAGCUGUGUACCAUCUAGCUACUAGACUUGUUCAAACUGCUCGAAACUCUCAAUUGGAUCCAGACAGUUUACGAACAUAUUUAAGUAAUCUCAAAAAGAAGUAUGAAGCAGAUUUUCCCAGGGCCGAACAAGAUUCAGGAAAGACUGAAGAAUAG